AAUAACACAUUUUUAAAUUUCAAUUUUUGUAAAAUAUUCUUAUUUCUUAUUCAAACUUUUUAUUUUUUUAUGGAUCAUCUUACUAUCUUAAAUCAUUUUUCAUAGACGACGUUUUUCAAGACGGAAAUGGAAAAUAUAUUGAAAGAAUCGGGUGGCUCUAAGCAACCAAUCACAGAUGAAGAACGUGCAAAACUUGCUAGCCGUCUCGAUGAAGAUUUAGAUAAUUUCAUAGACAAUCUACAGAAAACACCUUAUAAAGAUGGUUGGAAAGAGGAGACUUGGCGUGAGGAAAUGGAAAAGCACCCAUUUUUUAUGUCCAAGCCUCCUGAACCAGAAGAUCAACCAUCCCCUUUAGUUGAGGGCUUGCAAAAUCUUCGAUAUGAUCCAGAUGAUAACACUCCAGAGGAGUUGGCCACUAAACAUAAAGACGACGGAAAUUUCAAUUUUAAGUGUCGUAAAUAUAAAUUGGCUAUAUUGUCAUACCAAGAAGGGCUAAGAUUAGAUUUUCAAAAUAAUGAGCUCCGUGCUCAAAUGUUUAAUAAUAUGUCUGCUUCACAUUACUUUUUAAAAAAUUUUAGAUCAAGUUUGACAGCAGCUGAACAAGCUCUCAAAUUAAAACCAGACUAUGAAAAAACCAUACUGAGGGCAAUAAAUUGUUGUGUUCAGUUAAAAGAGUUUGAUAAAUGUUUAAACUUUAGUGAUAAAUAUUUGGAAUUUGUACCAGGAGAUGAUAAUGUUAUUAAAAUAAAAAAAGAAGUGUUAAAAUCUAAAAAAAUUGUGGAGAUGGAAAAAAGAAAAGCUUUAAAGAUUCAAAAGCAAAAAGAAGCGGAUCAUACUAAGUUGUUAGAAGAGCUUAAUAAAAGAAAAUUGAACAUAGUUGGCAAAAGUGGUCCGAUUAAAGAAUUAACAAUAUUUGAUCCAAGAGUGCCUGGUUUAAUCAAGCCAGUACAUUUAUUUGAGAAUUUUCUUGUGUGGCCAGUUGUCUUUUUAUAUCCUGAGUAUCAAACUUCUGAUAUGAUCCAAGAGUUUAAUGAAUCUACUACAUUCUAUAGUCAUUUAGUUGAAAUAUUUGCUGAAAGGCCUGAAUGGGAUGUGGAAGGAAAAUAUAAUGCAGAUUCAGUAAAUGUCUAUUUUGAGUCGGUAAAUGAAUAUAAAAGUGGUACAAAAGUUACAAAAAUAGAUUUAAAAACAUGUACUUUAUUUGAAGCAUUAACAAUAUUAAGGUGUCCAAUUGAAAACGGAACACCAGUGUUUUUGAUUUUCUUUGCUGGAGGACAAUUUGAGAAAGAAUUCUUAGAAGAAGUGCCAAAAUCAGCUCAAAUACAAUAAAAUUGCUUAUUACUUUGUUAUAUUUUCUCCACAUUAUUUUCAUUAUACCAUUAUAAUAUAAUGUUGUUGAAAUAAUAUGUUUUACUACUCUUUAUAU